GGCCCAUUCCGAUACUUGCCGUCUCUCCUUUGUAUCUUUUGUAUCUUUUGCAUUUUCAAUCGACAGUGCUGCGACGGCGCGGCGUUAGUUCCUGGCGGCGCCCCUACCGCGCGGGCGGCGUCGGCGACUUUCGCCGGAGAUCUAUGUGUGGCGUCGGGCAGAGAUCCGAAAUUCUUAAUCAGUGGGCGGCGUUGGAUAGAUGCCCGGCCGGUGGGAUCUUGGGUUCCAUGGCGCUGUGGCGUUGGUUCUGGUCGUUUUCGUGCACGUUGUCUGGAUGGCAGUUUGCCGCAGAUGGAAGCUGGCACAGGCAAGGAGGGAGGAGGUUGAGUACCUUGCGCGGCUGGCAGCGGAGGAGUCGGCUAGGGAGGAGAUGGAGGCCACUCUUACUUACGUCCCGGCUUCAAUUGAAAGCUCUGGCGUAGAAUACGUUGGGGGGACUUGGCGUUUCGAGUGUGCCGUCUUCCAUAUGCCCACCAGCACGAGAUGCUCUCGCUGUAAAACAGUCAGAUACUGCUCUGGCACAUGCCAGAUUAUCCACUGGAGGCGAGGUCACAAGGAUGAAUGUCAUCGUCCUCAAUUUGAUCACCAAGAUAAGCUUCUAGAAAGUAGCUCUCAUUUUAGUCGUCUCCAAGCUGAAAAAUCUAAGUUAUUGGAUGGCACAGUUGGGAAUGAACAGAAGUCUUUUACUAAUCAUGUUGCCGCAUGUUUUGUGGAACCGUCAUCUGAUUCCAACUUGUAUAAUUUAGUUAUCAGGGACAAUGAUAUAAAGGAUUUUAGAUCUUUCUUGGAUUCAUCUAGAACAGAUAGCAGUUUUGGUUCCUUAGUCGAUUCAUUGUCAAGCUGUUCUACUUAUCCUGGUUCCUUGGAAAACUGUGAAGAAGCUUCUGCCUGUGAAGGCUUGCAUCCUCAGCUUCAUGCCAAAACUGGAGAAGCUUUAUCUCGUGACAUUGCUUCUGUUCGACCAAAAAAAGCAGGUGUUGCUAAUUUUGUUGAAGUUCCUUCAGUCGGAAUUGGCAGUGCAAGUUUGUUGGUAAACAGUUCAUCUCACACAAUUAACUCAAAGAAAAAGCUGUCCGGCUGUUGCACCAAAGAAAGCAAGUACAGGUUAAAUGAUUCUCUUGAAUUAAGCUCUGUUUCCUCCAACCUCAAUACAACCACUAAGUUUUCUCAAUGCUCGAGUAACAACAGUAAGAACAUAGGCGUUGAGUUACAUGCUUUUUGUCCUGAUACCCACUCGAAGCAUUCUGAAGAAAACAGAACCUUGGGAACUAGCUCUACCCAUGGACGCUCUUUUGCAAAUGCCCUGGAUGGUACUAAGAAAUCCAACCUCAUGGACUGUAGAGUCAAGGGUUGUGACAAACCAGGUUUCAGCCCAACCUGGAAAAGUGCUGAUGACUGGCUACUGAAUGCUAGAAGGUUGAGAUCUCGUUCUAUAUCUCUUGCUGAACGUGCAUUCUAUGGUGGUGGAAGGCAUUCUAUUUUAGAUGAUACAUCUUCAAAAGUUAACAAUGCUCCUACAAUGACAUCUAAAUUCUCGAAGAGUGCAAGUCCUCUAUCAAACUGUAAAUCUGAUUUGAGAGCAUCUGUUAAGAGUACUAUCCACCAGUUAAACCCGUCACUGAGCUCUGGAGGUUUUUCAUCAAUGCCUAUGAAUUUCCCCUAUGAACUUUUUGCCAAGCUUUACAACUCUGACAAGGUGGAUAUGGACCCUUUUGGCCUUUUUAACUGUGGCAACAGUUGCUUUGCUAAUGCCGUGCUCCAGUGCUUGGCAUUUACUCGGCCACUUACUGCUUAUCUACUUGAAGGAUUCCAUAGAGCGAAAUGUUCAAGAAGAGGGUGGUGUUUCACCUGUGAAUUUGAAAAUCUCAUCCUGAAGGGAAAACUGGGGCAAUCCCCCUUGUCCCCUGUUGGAAUUCUAUCCCGUAUAGAUAGAAUUGGAAGUCAUCUUGCGCAUGGGAGAGAAGAAGAUGCUCAUGAGUUCUUAAGGUACGCCAUUGAUGCAAUGCAAUAUACCUGCAUUAAAGAAACUGGAGAUGUAGCGGAAAAUUUUCUUGAAGAUACUAGUAGUCUAAUACAAUUAACCUUUGGUGGAUACCUUCGGUCAGAGAUAAACUGCAUGAAGUGUAAGGCAAAAUCUGAGCAACUAGAACGUAUGAUGGAUCUCACAGUGGAAAUACAGGGGAAUAUUGGAACACUUGAACAAGCUCUCGAGCAGUUCACGACUACUGAAGUUUUGGAUGGGGAGAACAGAUACCGUUGUGAUAGAUGUAAAUCUUUUGAGCGUGCAAAGAAGAAAUUGUCUGUAGUUGAGGCUCCUAAUAUCCUUACAAUUGCAUUGAAACGUUUUCAGCUGGGGAAGUUUGGGAAACUGAAUAAAGCAAUAAGGUUCCCAGUUAAACUGGAUCUAGCUCCUUAUAUGAGCAGGGUGGAUCCGUGCCCUCUGUACAACCUCUAUGCUGUUGUGGUUCACGUGGAUGUCAUGAACGCUGCUUUCUCUGGCCAUUAUAUAUGCUAUGUCAAGAGCAUGAAAGGAAAAUGGUACAUGAUUAAUGAUAAAGAGGUAAGACCCGUGGAGCUUGAAAGAGUUCUGAAGGAAAAUGCCUACAUUCUCUUCUAUGCCAGGAAAUCAUCCCAGGCCCCAAGCCUCAUCAAAAAUGAAAGAGGACAUGUUUCGUUAAAGACCUCAAGCUGGUUCAAGAAACCUGCUAAAUUUGUGCAUGGCAAUGAAGAAUCUCCAUUCCAUAGACAUUCAAGCUCUCUGCCACACGGGAACCAUGAUCAGCUCAAUAGAACUACCAGUGCGAGACUCUACUUUCCUCGCGCGGAUUCCUUCAGCGACAGCUUCUCACUAAGCUGCUCAGAGGAAGGUUCGUGGACCACUGAUAGCACCAGGAACUCCACAAGCACUGAUGAGUUAUCGGACUACUUGUUUGGAGGUGCCCAGCAAUCGAGGUGGAGUCGACCGUUACAAUUAUCCAAAGAAUCUGAUUAUAACGGUCAUUUCCCUUCUAGGUCAAGAAACUAUUUCCAUCAUGAAGAAAAUGGAGAGGGUUCAGAAGGCAUGGGAAACCAUUAUUUCAGCGAUUUUUUGUAUUCUGAUAGAACUAAUAAUAGUGGUAUAGUGAAAGAAAAGUAUAGAGGCAAGGAGACUUACUGGAACAACCCUAAAGGGGAGAGGUCCAGUGUAUUAAUGAGAAGUUCUAGUGUGAAGGAGAGAAGACAUCAAAGGUUGUAUUAAUAUGAAUGUUUUGGUUUUGUAAAGGAAAUAAGCUAUCAUCUUGUUAUGUAUUUUUAAA